GGGCAUUGUAGCUUUGAACCCUAGUUUUACAAGAGAGAAGAAAUCGAAGAGGGAAGAGCUGAAUCAAUGGGGAGCAGCAAAAGAAGCGAUUACAUGGCGGAGGAGGAGGACAGGAUGGCCAGCUUCGCUCAGAUUCCGACGAGCUUCGGCCAUGAGCUCAGAGCUUGUCUCCGCUGUCGACUCGUCAAGACCUACGAUCAGUUCAGAGAGUCAGGCUGUGAAAAUUGCCCGUUCUUGGAUAUGGAAAAGGAGCAUGAUAAUGUUGUCAACUGCACUACUCCAAAUUUUACAGGGAUUAUUUCUGUCAUGGAACCAAGUAGAAGUUGGGCGGCUCGAUGGUUGAGGAUAGGACGGUUUAUCCCUGGUUGUUAUACACUCGCAGUCUCUGAGGACCUUCCUGAGGAAUACCAGAACAUUUGUGCUGACAACAACGUGCAGUAUGCCCCUCCAAAGCGCACGUGAAGAUCUCAGUUGCGUCCAGCCCUCAUUUGAGAAACCCGUUGCAGUUUUUUGAUGUUAGCCUAUAUAUGCAUAUAUGUUGUACUCUUUAUUAUGAAUCAAGCGGCAUCAUUGUAACUCGUCCUUGAAAGGCAGAUAUGAUGUUUUUAGUACUAGUCACUAGUUGUGCUUCAGUUUGUACGUUUGACCGAGUUCAGACGCAUUUUUGCUCGCACACUUGUGUUGAUGGUUUUCGGUUGACAGUUCAUAUCUGAACCGUUUGGGUUGA